AUGGGAUCAAAUGUGUUGUCAAACACUUCUGGAGGACAACCGCCACAACACAUGCACUCGUCGUCCGCACCAUCGCUGGUGAGCACAUCCAUCACAUCCAUCAGCGGACACACCAAUGGACACAACGGACAGCAGAUGGACAGCACUUCCAACACUUCCACCACUACUGCCAUCACUUCGAUGAACCCAAUGGGAGGACAGGGAGGAGUGCCUGCGAUGAACAUCGCAUACCUCUGUCGUGUCGGCGAUGAGACGGUCCACGAGAUUGUGUCCAAAACGGGAGAACUGUUUCAGUCGUUGCGAGCGAUGUCUCCAUCGGUGGCCAACACUCAUGAGCGACAACUUCGGGCCAAAGAAGUGAUGAAAAGCAUUGAGUUUUUGUUCAGACGUUUGCGCAAAAUGUACGACAAGUGCAGUGAAUGCAUGUCUGGACUCGACUUCAUUCAGAUCGAGACAAUCAUUCCGAUGAAGGACUCCAUCCAAGACUCGCACCGACUCUCAGACUCCGACAAGAAGUCGGUGGCAGUGAAGCAGUUGGACAGAGAGGCCAACGAACUCACGGAUCUCUUGCUCCUCAAGAACCGACAGAUCAAAGAAGUGAUCGACAAUUUGCGGGCAAUUGUGUGGGAAAUCAAUGCUAUGCUCGCUAUGAGGAAGCCGUAG